UGCCGACUGGUUACAAGCAAAAUUAUCAAAAAGGAAAUUUUUCUAAAAAUUCCCUAAGUACUAAUAGAAUUUCAUGAAAAUCCCCUGGUUUUUUCAGGUAUAAAAGGUUCAUUCCGCAUCAUUAAAUCGGAAAAGUACUUAUUCCCAGAUUGAAUUAUUAUUGGAAGCGCGAGAUAAAAAAAGCGGACCAGAGUUUUAAAUGUAUUCUGGAACAUUCUGAGAGAAAUUGUACAUAAAAGGAGCACUCUUGUCUUGCUCGAUAUUCAACCUCACGCUACGAAUUGGAAUCUAUAUUAGCGGCAUCUCGACGUGAAUCUAUAUAUAUCAAAUCGACCGCAAAGUACAAUGUCAACAGUUACAAAGAUGUUCGAGAAAAUACAAACCGAAGCAAAUGAAAACGUCGAAACUUUCGCCUACGAUAAAAAAGUUUCUCAGUUUAUGUCUUUAAUGACUAAUAACCUCUACUUAAAUAAAGAAAUCUUUCUCAGAGAAUUGAUCUCAAACUCUAAUAAUGCUUUGAACAAGAUUCACCGUGAAUUUUUAAUGGAACCUCUCAAGCUCGACAGCGAGGAAUUGUACAUCAAGAUUAUACCAAACAAGAACGAUUGUACGCUGACCAUCAUUGAUAAUGGUAUUGGUAUGACCAAGACUGAUUUAAUGAACAACCUUGGAACAAUUGCAAAGUUUGAAACUAAGACUUUUAUAUUUGAGUUCCAAGCUAUUACUAAAAUCUCUAUCGGUCAAUUUAGUAUGGGGUUCCACUCUGCAUACCUUGUAGCUGAUAAGGUAACUGUUACUUCCAAGCAUAAUGAUGACAGACAAUACUUGUGGGAAUCCAGCGGAAAUGGAUCAUUCACUAUCAAAUAUGACAACAGUGAGUCAUUAGCACGUGGUACAAAAGUUGUUCUUUACAUUAAGAAAGAUCAAUCCAAAUAUCUAGAAGAAAGCAUGAUCAAAGAAAUCAUCAAAAAGCAUUCUGAAUUUACUGAAUAUCCGAUCAAAUUGCUCGUGCAAGAAGAACUCAAUAACAUAAAAUCUAUCUGGACCAGGAAUCCUAAUGACAUUACUGAAAACGAAUAUGAUAAAUUGUAUCAGUCGCUUACCUAUGAUUGGGAAAAAUAUUUGACUAUGCGACAUUUCACUAUGAAGGAAGGUCAAGCGAAAUUCACAGCUAUACUCUUUGUUUCAUGUCAUUUACCACUCGAGAUGUCGAUAUGCGAUAGAAAGAGCUUCAAAUUGUACGUUAGACGCGUAUUUAUCAUGGAUAACUGUAAAGAACUAUUACCAAACUAUCUGAAUACCUUCAUAACAGGCGUUGUUAAUAGCGAAAAUUUGCCCAUCAAUAUCUCUCGUGAAAUGCUGCAACGUAACAAAAUUUUUAAGAUCAUUCGUCAGAAUCUCAUAGAAAAAUGCUUGGAAAUCUUCGAUGGAUUUGCGAAAAAUAAAGAUGUUUACAAAAUGUUCUAUGAGCGAUUUUAUCAUAACAUUAAACUCGGGGUUUAUGAAGACGAUAUUAAUCACAAUAAAUUAAUACAGCUUUUAAGAUACUAUACCUCUGCAUCCGGCGAUGAGAUGUGCUCAUUGAAAGAUUACAUCAGCAGGAUGAAGGAUAACCAAAAAUAUAUUUACUUUAUCAUUGGAACGAGUAAGGAGGACGUAGUGAAUAAUUUAUUCGUCGAACACAUAAAGAAGCGCGGUUUUGAAGUGAUUUACAUGCUUGACAUAUUGGACGAAUACAUAUUUGAACGAGUGGAACAGUUUGAUGGAAAGCAGUUCAUGUCCAUUACCCCAGAGAAUUUGAAGCUUCUCGAGGAUGAGAUCGAAAAGAAGAAGCAUGAGGAGAAUAAAUUUGCCAAGUUUGAGAACUUGUGCAAAAUUAUAAAGAGCGUCCUGAAAUAUGAAGUGGAAAAGAUUGUGAUCUCCAAUAGAUCUAUCAAUUUGCCUUGCUACAUUGUGAUUUCACAAUGUGAUUGGACCCCCAGUAUAAAGGAUGUCGUAGACAAGCACAUCCUGCCCAAAUCCGAGAUAGCAUCCAUAAUAGCAAAAAAGCAGCUCGAAAUCAAUCCUGAUCACGUCAUCAUUGAGAAACUUCGAAAAAUGACCAACUAUAAUCAAAACGAUAAAUAUGUUCAUGAUAUUGUGAACAUAUUGUUCGGAACUGCUCUUCUCUCGUCUGGUUAUAUCCUGAAGAAACCAAAACUGUACGUCGCUGGCAUCUAUAGGAUGGUCCAACUGAUAUUUAAAGAUAAUGUGAUUGCGAAUAAUGAAAAUAUGGAAAAAGUAGAUUAAGCUUUGCAUAUAAUAGAAUUUUUAUAAUAUUUAUAAUAUAGCAGAAAAAAACUGCAUUAACAUAUGACUGCAUUUGAUUGGGUCAUCUAUUUAAUAAAUAAUUUUUAUAAUAU